GCCAAGAGGGUUCACGCCGUGAUAUCUCUUGCUCGUCUUGGCAGCUACCGAGAAACUCUACACUUUGCAAAGCUCGAAACUUUUUAGCAAUGGCGUUCGCGUCAUCGUCUCUCAUCCUCUCCCCGCUUGGAAUCAAUUUCGAUAUGAACAAGAAUCUGGGCGCCGAGUAUUCUUCUCUCCCUACAGUUAAACUCUUCAGAUUCUCAACUCCGUGUCGGGAUCGCAAAUCCGCCAUUACCAUCGUAUCAUCUCGUAAAAAAAAUUCAGGUGGCGGUUUGGCAAGCGAAGAAAAGAAAUUGUUGCUCGAACGAUAUGGUUAUGAUGCCAAUGAAUAUGUGUCUCAGUCUAAGUUGAUAAGAAGAAAAGAAGAGCUAAAGAGUGGAAUGAGGAACAGACCAGAGGAGGAAGGCGCUAAGCAGCCGCCUAGAACAACGCAUAAGUUGCUUCAGGUUCUUGGUGGGAAGGCCAAACGAAAGAAACUGCUCUCUCUUAAGGGCAUGGAUGUGAGACCCAUGAUGGAAGUUGUGAAAGGGGCAGCUUUUGGUAUUCUCCAAGCUGCUGGUGGAUGUCCAACAUCUUUGCGUCCCGGUAAAUGGUUGGACUUGUACAGUGGUACAGGAUCUGUUGGAAUUGAAGCAAUCAGCCGAGGAUGUACCGAGGCACACUUUGUUGAGAUGGAUCCCUGGGUUGUUUCAAAUGUUCUAGAGCCGAAUUUGGAACACACUGGGUUUCUUGAGCAUUCGGUUAUACAUACUACUCAAGUUGAAAACUUCCUGAAACAGGCAGAUAAAUUACUAGGUAAGGAUGGACCAUUUGAUUAUGUCAGCGUAACACCACCUUACAUGGAGGUUGAUUAUGAGGUUCUGAUGGAUCAGAUCUCUAAGUCAGCGGUGAUUGGGACGGACACAUUUAUUGUGGUCGAGUAUCCUUUAAGAACCGAAAUGCUUGAUACAUGUGGAUGCCUCGAAAAGUUGACUGAUCGGAGGUUUGGUCGAACACAUCUGGCAAUAUAUGGACCGAAAUGGGCCCAGAAGCCGAGAAAAUCUUGAAGGCAUAGUGAACCUCAAUGGUCAAUUUUUAGCUCUAGUUAGUUGGUUAAAGGCAAGGAGUAGAGGCUAAGCCUAAGUGGCUAAUAUUGUUCUAAAAGUCUCCAAAUGCCAGAGUGCUUUUGUCCAUCAAUCUCCUUUUUCGCUUAUUGCUGCAUCCUCAGAGAAUUAUACCAAAUCCUAAGAUCUUCUAAUGCUAAUAUAUGGUCAAGAGAAUGGUAACUCUGUAUGUUUCAUAUAUAUUUGUCAAGCGGAUAUAUACAAUACGAGUUAUCCGAUCAAAUAAAGGUUUCUCCUUUGUGCGUUUC